ACCCUCAAAUUUGUAAACCAAGGAAGAAAAGUUGAAUGUUGGAGCGAUUAUAAAGCCCUGUUUCAUGCUUCACACUACACAUUCAUCUCCAUCUAACUAUAUACAUUCAAUUCACGCAUUCCAGACAACAAAAUAAAUCAAAAAUGACCUCUGAACUCAUUCACAGAACGCAGACACCACAAUUCACUCAUCGCAACUCAGAUUCCGCGCCUGAAUCUAAUUGCCCACCCAAAUCCACCACCCGGAUCGGUUACAUGUUGCGCCACCGUCUCCCCUUCCUCCUCCUCGGUGUGGCGAUCGCCGCUGCCUUCUUCCAUCUUCUCCCUUCUGCAUCCACCGUAGCAGCUCCUCACGUCUCUCUCCUAGAGACCAACUUGGCUCUGCCAACUCGCCGCGUGCUCAUGGAAGAGCACACCGAAAAGAAGGGAAGGGUGCCUAUCGGAGUGAAGGGCAAGAGGCAGAAGCGGAUCGUGGUCACCGGCGGAGCCGGUUUCGUCGGAAGCCACCUGGUGGACCGUCUGAUGGAAAGAGGCCACAGCGUGAUCGUGGUGGAUAACUUCUUCACAGGAAGAAAAGAGAACGUGCUGCAUCACAUGGGGAACCCCAACUUCGAACUCAUUCGCCACGACGUCGUUGAACCCAUCCUCCUCGAGGUUGACCAGAUCUACCACUUGGCUUGCCCCGCUUCCCCCGUUCAUUACAAGUUCAACCCUACUAAUGUGGUUGGAACGUUGAACAUGUUGGGGUUGGCAAAGAGAGUGGGUGCGCGGUUUUUGCUUACCAGCACCAGUGAGGUGUACGGUGAUCCUCUUCAGCAUCCUCAGGCCGAGACCUACUGGGGCAACGUUAAUCCCAUCGGUGUGAGGAGCUGUUACGACGAAGGAAAGCGCACUGCAGAGACUUUGGCAAUGGACUAUCACAGAGGCGCUGGCAUCGAGGUGAGGAUUGCUCGAAUCUUCAACACCUAUGGACCGAGAAUGUGCAUUGAUGAUGGGCGUGUAGUUAGUAACUUUGUCGCUCAGGCGUUGAGGAAGGAGCCAUUGACUGUUUAUGGCGACGGAAAGCAGACAAGAAGCUUUCAAUACGUAUCAGACUUGGUAGAAGGUUUAAUGCGGCUGAUGGAAGGUGAGCACGUUGGUCCUUUCAAUCUCGGGAACCCUGGUGAAUUCACGAUGCUUGAACUUGCUCAGGUGGUACAAGAGACCAUAGACCCAAAUGCAAAGAUAGAGUUUAGACCAAAUACAGAAGAUGACCCACAUAAGAGGAAGCCAGACAUCUCCAAAGCGAAUGAGCUUCUUGGGUGGCAGCCCUCUGUGUCUCUCCGAGAGGGACUUCCUCUAAUGGUAUCUGAUUUCCGGCAAAGAUUGUUCGCUGACUCAAAACUAACAGGUGCUAAAUCUGUAGCAUAGAUUCGUAGAAAACGUAAUUAAAACAAAACAUCGCUGAAAAUAAACAUAUAUGCAUAUAUAUAUACAUAUAAAACAAAAUUUAGCUGCAGUAGCUUAUUUGAAAUUACAUUAGAUAUGUGUCUGUUAAAUCAAUGAGAUAUAUGUACAUCUGACAGAAAAAUAAACAACAGCCCCGCAAAGGGAAGAACGUAGAUUUUAUUUGUUGUA